GCUCGGCGGUGGAUUGCUCCGGUCUGUCGCCGCUGUUUCCGGUUAGCAUCGCCGCUGUUUCCCGUUAGCACCGCCGCUGUUUCCCCCUCACGUUUCUGCACCGUGCCGUCGUUUAUCUCCCGUUAACCGGUGGAAACGUGAACCGACGUGAAAAGCAUGUCCACCGCCCUGGAGAGCUACAUCAACCGUACUGUGGCCAUCGUGACGUCAGACGGCAGAAUGAUCGUGGGCACUCUGAAGGGCUUCGAUCAGACCAUCAACCUGAUCCUGGAUGAGAGUCACGAGCGGGUGUUCAGCUCCAGUCAGGGGGUGGAGCAGGUGGUGCUGGGACUCUACAUCGUCAGAGGAGACAACGUGGCCGUGAUCGGAGAGAUUGACGAGGAGACGGACUCCACUCUGGAUUUAGGAAACAUCAGAGCCGAGCCGCUCAACUCUGUUGUCCACUGACCUCUGACCUCUGACCCCCCCUCCCUCCUAUCACACACACUCUGUCGCCGUGGCAACAGAUGAGAGCAUGACUCAGCUGUGUGAGUGGUACAGGAGCCUGUGAACUGAUGCAGGUUUACUGAGUCACCUGAUGUGAAAAUAGACUGAAACAAUAAUAAAAAAUUACCCAGAAGGCUCAGUAAACCUUCCUCCUCCGACAGACUCCUGCACCAACAUUUUUCUGUUUGUAUUUUUUAUAAAUAAAGAUUUGCUAGAAUUGUUAGAUUGA